ACAAAAGAAAAGAACUGAAAAGGGAAGCAAGAGCCCAUUAAAACAGUGUGUGUACGCUGGAUUCCAAUCUAUUCCUGAUGAACGUGGAGAUGUACCUUUAUGGACUUGAUGAUGUGGAAGUGGGCUCAGCGGACUCCUACACCAGCCGCCCGUCAGACUCUGACGUCUCUCUGGAGGAGGACAGGGAGGCAUUACGCAAAGAGGCUGAGCGACAAGCUUUGGCACAACUUGAGAAGGCAAAGACCAAGCCUGUUGCAUUUGCUGUUCGAACAAAUGUCGGCUACAACCCCAGCCAGAAUGAUGACGUCCCUGUGCAAGGCAUGGCCAUCUCCUUUGAAUCCAAAGAUUUUCUACACAUCAAAGAAAAAUACAACAACGACUGGUGGAUAGGGCGGCUGGUGAAAGAAGGAUGUGAGGUGGGAUUCAUUCCAAGCCCGGUUAAGCUAGAGAACAUCAGACUACUACAGGAGCAGAAAAUGAGGCAAGGAAGACUUUCAAGUAAAUCAGGAAACUCCAGUUCUAGUCUAGGAGAUGUAACUGGAACCCGGAGGCCAACUCCACCUGCCACAGUGGCUUUUGAUGUAGAUGCCAUUGACUUAGAUGCAGAAGAAAGUGAUUCACAAACCAACCAUCGGUCCCCUAAAACGAGCGUUAGCAGUGUCACGACUCCCCCAUCCAAUGCAAAACGAAUCCCAUUUUUUAAGAAGCAGGAAAACGUGCCUCCCUAUGAUGUGGUGCCUUCCAUGAGACCAAUCAUACUCGUGGGUCCAUCCCUGAAAGGAUAUGAGGUGACAGACAUGAUGCAGAAGGCUUUGUUUGACUUUUUGAAACAUAAGUUUGAUGGAAGAAUAUCAAUCACACGAGUUACUGCUGACAUCUCAUUAGCAAAGCGAUCAGUGCUGAACAAUCCCAGCAAACACACGAUAAUCGAGCGUUCCAGCACUCGUUCCAGCCUAGGUAAAAUACAGUCUGACUUAUUCGAAUGUGCCAAAGUAUUAAAAUUACCUAAAGCAGAUGCAAUAAAUCCAUAGAUAGAGAGAGGAGAAAAUGCAGUGGCCCCAACCAUAAUCUUCCAAAGAUUCACUUGCCCACAGGUCUUACAGCGACUGAUAAAGUCACGAGGAAAAUCCCAGGCUAAACAUCUUAAUGUACAGAUGGUGGCAUCAGACAAGCUAGCACAGUGUCCUCCGGAGAUGUUUGACAUCAUUCUAGACGAGAACCAGCUGGAAGACGCUUGUGAACAUUUGGCUGAGUACCUGGAAGCCUACUGGAAAGCCACUCAUCCUGCCAGCUGCAACCCACCCAACCCUCUCUUGAACCGCACCAUGGCAACCGCUGCCCUUGCUGCCAGCCCUGCUCCAGUGUCUAACCUACAGGGUUCCUACUUAGUGCAUGGAGAACAAGCCAUUGACUGUUCGAGCCCUGAUCAGACAGAUUUGCAUGACUAUCAAAGUGACUCUGCCAAUCAGCCCUACCUUCGCUCGGCAUCCUCCACACCUCAGUACACCCAUCACCUGCGUGCCACCUCCCGAGCUCUCUCCCGCCAGGAUACCUUUGACUUGGAGAUGCAAGGCAGCCGGGACUCGGCUUACACCGAGCCGGGGGACUCCUGCAUGGAGACGGAUCCUUAUGAUGACCCAGAGCACUCGGAAGACCCUCAGGGUGCUCCGUGGCGUGGGAUGGCUCAGCAGCAAGUCCAGCACCAGGAAUCGUGGGGUGAGGAGGAGGAGGAGGAGAUGGACAACGGCAACUACAGCAGACGGCAGAGGAGUCGGCUGCGAGCCAGAGACCACUACCGACAGAAGGACGAGGAGGUCUUGAACCGGAAACAGGGCGACCUGGAGGAGUGGGACCGUGAUGUGUAUAUUUGUUAAAGUGCACUAGGGCCUACUCACUGCUCCCACCCCAAAGAAUUUGUUAUCUUGUAGUGGUGCCACUUGCUCUGUUUCAUUGUCCAAUCUGAAGAAGAGACUAUCAUGUUUUUUAGCAAUUGGUGCAUUCAUCUUGCCAAGCCCUCUAUCAAUGCCAAUAGGGAGUUACUGAUUGACGGAGGUGCUUCUUCCGGGAGA